AUGCCUCGCUUUGAUGACUCAUCACACUUGAUGCGACUGGCCCCAAAGCACACGAAGAGGGCCUGUGGACAUGCCAAGCCUCGUGUGUUUGGUAAGGACUUGAGAGUCAGAUUGACGUUGCCUGCCGAGAUUUUGUCUGCUAAUGCAAUGCCAUGGGACAACAAUGGGUGCAGGGAUGGUGCAAGACUGCCAUCCUGUGCUUGGUUCUGUGGCUUGGUGUUGCUGUUUGUUGGUGGAAAGCAUCUAGAACUGUUGGUGGUUUCGCAGGUCCUGUGGAAAAGCCAAAUAGGAAGAAGCCUGGACCCGAUUUUUGCGAAAGGACUGUUGAGGAUGUGUAUCAGGCAGGCGCCCUGUUGA